AGGCUCGGCUUUCGGAGUCGAAUCGGAGUUUACCGAAGUAGCCAUAUUCGCAUUCCGUUACUUGGAAAUACACUAUCAGCAUCAGCACGUGGCGUGCAGCUUGUAGGAAAUUCGCGACAAGUCGAGCGUUCGGUGCGUCAGAAAUCUUCCCGGAAGCGACUGGACAAAGCGCAUUAAUCUCUCGUCGCGAAUCGAUCAAAGCCUCGCGAAUAAUUGAACGACACCGUAUCAGCGAAUUUCCAGUAACGGCAGCUACCGUGGACUCGCACUAUGAAUUCUCCGAUCGUACAAUUUGCCAAAUGGACAGUUCCGGCUGUGGCUUUUGUCCUAUCCUUCUUCUGGUACAAACGCCGUCGGAUAGACCGAGCUGAACUUCAGUGGGAUGAUACAGGGGGAGACUUACAUCACAAAGAAAAAGCAGUUCUGGACGAUACGAAGGAGGUUGACAUGAGUUGCAACAAUUCCGACAUUCAGGAAAAGAGUAGCAACCAAUCCUUAAAUGGCUGCUGCCACAUGCCACGGGAAAACUCGUCUCGCGUCCCGAGGAAGGUCAGCGAGAGUGUGGACAUCCCGAUUAAAAGAUCAACGUCGCAAUCGUCUUUUUGUAGCGAUAGCCAGAUGAGAUGCAUGGAGACUGACACUAUGUUCAAGUUGGAUGUACAGCUGGGCAGCAAUCCGAGCACUAGCUACUUCGAGAUGAUCGCCAGGAGUCAAAAUGUACCUUGCGAGUCCGACAGGACAGUGGUCGACAACACAGAGGAGGUGGUUCAAGUUGUUGAUAAAAAGGAGCAGGUCCUGCAUUGCGAGACGGAGUCGCAAAAGUAUCUCGCGGACGAGUAUCAUGAAGAGGAACAGCAAGUUGAAGUACAUACCAUCAAGGCUGAGGGACAAGAGGCUGAUGAAAGAGACUCGGCUAAUCACAGUCCGGUUUCCGGAGUUCUGGAAGGCAGCAUUACUGAUGAAGCCAGGAGCGAAGGAAGUAACACGGACAGUGGAAAAGGUGAAUUAUUAGUCAAAGGUGGAAGUAUCAACGGAUGUAGGAAGGAUAAUACUGUAUCAUCUAUCUAUGAUUUUGCUAUACCACAACAUCUGGUCGGUAGAUUGAUCGGCCGUCACGGUAGCUUCUUGCAAAGUAUCCGUACUAAAGCAGACGUCAGCAUAUACGUGAAUGAUCACCCCUGCGAUGGCGAUCAUAAAAUUUGCUCGAUACGAGGAAGUGUUGAGAGAAUUAACGUCGCGCUUAAAUUAAUAAGGCAAAAAUUCCCAGAGAAAAAGUUUCCGGAAGUAACAUUAGAAGAGAUCUCGACGAUACCCGAAGUGAACGAGGAGAUUCCAUGUACCAUCCCCUUGAUACGCUCCUUGUCCCUGAUUGGUAGUGUUAGUAAUGACGUCUACGUCUCUCAUAUCGUCAAACCAAACUGGCUCUUCGUUCAGCUUUCGACUCACCCGUCAUUCCACCUUCUAGAAAGUUUGGAAGAGAACAUGACGUGUUGGUAUAACAGCACUGAAUUGCCGUUAUCGGAUGUAUUAAAUAAGGGCGAUUACGUGGCUGUACACUGGAAUGAUAGAUGGGUCAGAGGAUACAUUGAAAAACUAGACCCAUCGGGAGAGAAGAAUAUAGUACGACUAGUCGAUCAUGGUGGUUACUGGGCGCUUAAUAACGCGCAAUUUAAGCCGUUGAUGAUGGACUAUCUAAGUUUGCCUUUUCAAGCGAUAGAAGUCUUUAUAGCGUAUAUUCAGCCAAAAAAUGGUGAAUGGACAACAGAAGCUUACAACUCGGCGUAUUUUCUUUGUAAAAGUAAUGGGAUUGGUCAAGCUGUCAUUGAAUAUCAUAUUAAUGAUAAUAUUUAUACUAAUAUUUAUUUUACUGUUCAAAACUAUGGACUAAUUUCCCUCGCUGAGGAGUUGUUAUUGAAAGGCCAUGCAGAACAGGUACCAGGGGAACAUACGAAAUUAGAAACACUUGAAUCCAUCUGUACAUAGGAGUUGUAAAAAAUUCUAUCGUUCUCAAAUUUCCAACCGAAUCAUACCGCGUAAUUCACAAUUCUUAGCCAGUAUCGACUAGAUAGUUUAGUGUAAUCGCCAUCGGUAAUCCUUUAACUGUGUUAAAAUUUAUUAUUUUCUCCAUUGACUUUGGCUAAUAUUUACUGCGUUAAAGUCGCCGUGAAUACCUUGACGUAAAUUCUUCCUCUAAUAGGUUAUUUACAUAGAAAUAUAAUAAGCGAAAUAGGGCAGCAUAUAAAAUGUCCUAAACUAAUGUGAAUGAGAGAAUUAUAUUUCAUUGUAUACAAAAGAUUUACAGAAAUCUUGGUCGCGUUUAAGCAGAAUUUGUAAUACUCCUUUAAGCAUUGCUCAGAAAGAACGCGUUCUAUAAGUAUAGUACUCGUUGGUUUAAACGAGUUCUGACAAGUACAAAGGAUUUGAUUUAAUCCGAUAAUAUAAGAAUCCUUUUUACUAACUUUUUCAGAAUUGCAUUGUGUCUAAUAUUUUUUUUUUGCUUGGAAAACUUGAAACUUUCCAUAUUAAUAAUUACAGGACAAAUCUUUCAUAUAGCUUCAAAUAAGCACUCAGGAAAUUGCUUUUGCCUCCAUUGUAAAUGUCUCAAGACUGUUGCAAACAUAAAUGCAAUGUUUACCUCUCUUCUAAAUCUCUAUUAUACUUUUUUGUACAUAAUGUAAAAUAUUUCUUCAAUUAUAUAAGUAGAAUAUUUAUAUUUAGUAAGAGAGAGAAAACCAUAAAGAGAAUUUUGCUAUAUAAUGUUAAUCAUAAAAUUAAUAAUGACUGGAUUUUAUUAAAUAGUGUCACAUCUUAAAAAUCUGUAUCAGAUAACUCAGACGAAUCUGGAAAUUCGAUUCUACGUGACUCAUAUUUUUGAUUGGAGGCGAUUUAGUAAUUCAUUGAAAUGUAUCACUAGUUUAAUUUCGCGCUAAUUUUACAUUGUAUCAAACUCGUUAUCGUAAAAAUUAUUGUUAAAUGUGAUAUUUCAUUUACUCCGCGUAUUUUUUUCAUA